ACUCCCACAAUGCAACUGUACUGGGUUGCUCGCAAGGGACUGCGAUGAUGAGUCGAUGCCCAAUACAGUGCAUCUUCAACGAAGCGGCUAGCGGCGUACAGGAACGGACAUACGAAUAGGAUUUCAUAAUGACAGAGCGGGUGAACAACUUUCCUCCUCUGCCCAAGUUUUUGCGGAUCAAGCCCUGCUUUUACCAGAAUGUGGAGGAAGAAAUCCCUGCCCCACACAGACAGCUGGUGCGCAGGGUGUACAACCUGUGGAUGUUGUAUUCCGUGACCCUGUUCGUCAAUGUGGUGUCAUGCAUCGCCUGGUGGGCUGGUGGUGGAGGUGCAGCCAACUUCGGUCUCUCCCUGCUUUGGCUCUUUCUCUUCAGUCCCUGUAGUUACACCUGCUGGUUUCGGCCUCUCUACAAAGCCUUCAGGGCGGACAGUUCCUUCAACUUCAUGAGUUUCUUCUUCAUCUUCUUCCUCCAGUGUGUCCUUGCCCUCAUUCAGACCGUGGGCAUCUCUGGAUGGGGCGCGUGUGGCUGGAUCGCGACAGUGAUGUUUUUCAGCUACAACGUGGGCUCUGCUGUCGUCAUGCUGUUCUCCGCUCUGCUCUUCACCCUGGUGACUGUACUAAUGGGGCUGGUUCUCAUAAGGGUCCACCGGCUGUACCGCGGUGGAGGUGGUAGUUUGGAGCGCGCCCAAGAGGAGUGGAGCACUGGACUGUGGAAGAGUGCCCCUGUGAGGGAGGCUGGUUUCAACGCCAUCGCUGAAACUGGCCCCAGUCUGCCUCAGUACCCAGCUGCAGUGCCAAGCUACCCAGAAAAUGCCCCCUGGUAAAAUGGACACUAGGGGGAGACAAAGAGCGGCAUUUCAUAGCAUGCAGACGACAGCAGAACACGAAAUUACACCACUACACCACAUUUGACACGUUGAUGUGUUUUUCGAAAGAAUGUGAAUUUUGACUUAUCUGAAUGAGACUCCAAGAGGCCAUGUAACAUGAAUGCAAAAGCUUUUCCAUGGUAACUGGAAAAUGUUUUUUUUUUUUGACAGAACUUCUAAAACUGACCCAUUCCAAUUCAUAUGUUUACAUGAUCUUCUACUCUGUAUAUGAAUUUAUUUCAUUUGCCUUUUUUCCAA